UCCUUUCUCUUCCCUGCUACAGACCUCUCCUUUUUCUUCCCUGCUACAGACUCUCUCCUUUCUCUUCCCUGCUACAGACUGUCUCUCCUUUCUCUUCCCUGCUACAGACUCUCUCCUUUCUCUUCCCUGCUACAGACUGACUCUCCCUUCUCUUCCCUGCUAUGGUCUCUUUCUCUCCUCUCUCUUUGCUUCAAGGCUGUAUGGUGUACGUUAAUCCCAUCCAAGGGUGUCAUUAGGACACGCAGUGAUACAUGUGUUGACGUCAAGCAAGCAGUUUACAGACUUCUUAACUGCCAAUUACAUCCAUGUUAUGAGUCACAUUUGACCUUCAACACACAUGAUGAACUAAUUUCCUGUCCAAAAUGCGUAAUUGGUCUUCAUGGGAUUUGAAUUUCAAUUAGAUUGGAUUAGAUUUCCAAUUUAGUGACACCGUAACAUUUGAAUUCAAGCCUGUAUGUCCUCACUAAUCAGUCAAUAUUAUGAGAGAAGAUCGUUAUUGCUUCAUGAAUAAACGUUUGAAUGAAUGAUAAUUGUGAUGAAAGAACCGUUACAUGUACCUGUUGGAUCAAAAGCCAUUGACAGCUGGUUUAGAGUGCCGGGGGACUGGUCACUCACAUCCAUGUGUGAAGCCACCAAUUACCACACUGAUUGGUCAAGCUACAGAUUACCUAACCGGAAGUCAUCAUCACUUCCACUGUGACCAUGUAACUCUUAACAUUAUUUAAAGGUCCUAGUCACGAAAUGGAAGGAUGCUAUCCUCCCCAAGAUGGUGCUACUGUGGAGGGCUAGUUGUUUGGUCCACUGCUUAACGUUGUAUUCUUUAGCAGUAUAUUCCAUAAAUGUCUCUGAGAAAUGCACGCAGGACACCAGGACUUUUCUCUCAGAGCUAAACAAGGACCUGCCCAGUGAAUAUGCUGCUUUAAUGUAUGAUGCCUUUGGGAAGAUGGGUAGUGAUGUGGUGGGGGGCAACGUGAACAGGCCUGGGUCUCUCCAGGAGUGUCUGUCUGUCCAGGGACCCUCCUUUACUGGACAGUACUGCCAGGUCUUCCUCAAACAAGACCCAAUCCAGUACUUUGUUGGAAUAUGUGUUCCUGAUUCCUGUGUGGAGGAAGAGGUUCAGACACUAGUUGUUUACGAGACCUUCCAGAAGGCCAGGACCUCCCUGAUCCCUCCAGUACCGUCCACCCUACUGGCCCAGUCCACUCAGGGCCUGUUCAUGACCCAGUGUCUGUCCCAUACUGGUGCUCCAGACCUGUCUGUUGUCACUUGCCUGUUUGUGUGUUGUGCGUUGGUGGCCGUCCCCUUGACUGCGACCCUGUUCGUGGCCAUAGUGAGAUGGCAGAGAAACAGAGAGGUCAGCCCUGGAGUGGAGUCUUCUUCUCUGAAAACCAGGGACCCAAACCUCUAUGGGACGCUGAUGUCCAACGGCACGUCCAGUGGUGGAGGCAGUAACAACAGCUGCUCUGGACAACUGGACAGCCAGAUGGAGCAAUACACAGAGGAGGAAGAGGAGAAGGAGGAGGGCAGUAAGAAGAGCAAGUACACCAUGUUUUAAAAUAGUCUGCACCACAAAUCUACAAACACACUGGACUACUGAUGCUUUGUCUGGGAUAUAUUAUUCAUAUUUAUUCAUUACUUGAGCUCUUUAUAGU